CCAUACUACAGGUUAAUGAUGAUGAGCUUACGAUGGGUUGGGUUGGACAACUGGACCUACACUCGGACAUUCACCUUACCCCCUGAUGUGAGGAAGUGGAAGAGAGUAAAUCUGGUGUGUGAUGGGCUGGACACUGUGGCCACAAUCCUUCUCAACAAUGUCACCCUUGGCACAGCCAGUAACAUGUUCCGCAGAUAUACUUUUGAUUCUACUGACGUGAUCAAAGAAAGGAACUACAUUGAGGUCCGUUUUGUAUCAGCGGUUUUGUAUGCAGCGGAGCGGAAUGCUGCACACAGCCAGUACUCAGUGCCCCCUGAUUGUCCACCACCUCAGCAAAAUGGAGAAUGCCAUGUCAACUUCAUCAGAAAGGAACAGUCUUCUUUCAGCUGGGACUGGGGACCAUCCUUUCCUACUCAAGGCAUUUGGAAAGAUAUAAGGAUUGAGAUGUACGAAAUUUGCCACUUGACCUAUCUCACCGCAACUUCUGUUUAUGGUACGAGUAUUGCCAAUACCCGUGCUUCGACUUGUGGAAUAUGCCAGCGCGGAGGCAGCCGCGUAGUGUCCUGGCCGUCUGGUAAUGUUAACCCGGCAGAGCAAGGGGAGGCACAGGUUGUGAAGCUCUUUAGCACAAAAAAGGAGAAGAUCCACAUUGAACCUCCGAAGCCCUCUCGCCUGAAGACGGCAGGGGCGCGUUUUAGCGGCACCUCGGACCGUGGGAUCCGAAUCGUCCAUUUUCGGGGGUUCGUGAGGGGCAAAACGACAGAGGCGCGGAAUCCUGUGAACUUUGGUCGUGCAGAUCUUACGGGCGACUUUGGUUUCAAAUACUGUUUUGUUGCAAAGGCGGCUCCUCUAGGCCUGCUUCCACCAAUCAGUGUCUUUUCCACCAUAACCCUGCCCUAUGGAGUGUGGAGCUUACGAAUUUUGAUUUGGGGCUGCACCGUUGGUGCCAUGCUGUGCUAUACUUUGGUCUGCCUUCAACAGGCUGCCCAGAGCAACCCGGGUUCGAACUGGGCAAUCCGGCUACCUGGUGCUGUCUGUAUCGAGGAGAAAUUAUUCAUCAAAGUAAGUGGAACAAAUUCUUCCUGCUCCAAUAUUUCUUUCAAAAGAGUCCUCGGGAGACAGGAGGAGAACCAUUUUGGUGAUUGGGCGGACCUAGAGCUUCUGGGACGGACCGUGACCCGGGGUCAGCUGGGAUGUCGUGCGUGGGAACGAACCUCCACUGAUGAGAUGGCGAAAACUGAUGGAUGCGUUGGAUACGGCUGUGGACGCAUGUGUAAAUCGCCUCGAUCGGUUACAGAUGUACCCCAGUACUACUUUGCCGUCCGUGUGGUCCGUCGAUUGAAGUCCCAUCCAUCCAUCAUAAUCUGGAGUGGAAACAAUGAAAACGAGGCAGCACUGGCUACAAACUGGUUCCACGUUUCCCUGUCAAACAUCAGCCUGUACUUGGAUGACUAUGUACAACUCUACGUCAGUACUAUUAGAGAAACUGUACUUAAGGAGGACAGAAACCGUCCGUACAUCACCUCGAGCCCCACUAAUGGGAAGGAGUCCAUUCAGGAGCAUUGGGUUGCCAGGAACCCCUACGAUGUCCAUUAUGGUGAUGUUCACUAUUAUAGCUACGACACUGACUGCUGGGACUGGACAUACUUCCCGAAGCCGAGAUUUGCAUCAGAGUAUGGCUUCCAGUCUUGGCCCUCCUUCUCGACGCUGGAGAAGGUUUCUGCUGCUGAAGACUGGAGUUUCAACAGUUCUUUUGUCGAUCACCGGCAGCAUCAGGUUGCUGGCAACAAGUUAUUGUUGAACCAAAUCCAGCUCCACUUUCAACUUCCACAGGCAGAGGAUCCCUUGGAAAACUUCAAAAGUACAAUUUACCUUUCUCAGGUGAUGCAGGCCGAGUGUAUAAAAGCACAGACAGAAUUCUACCGCCGGAGCCAGAGCGAGGUGGUUGACGGGCAAGGAUUGACGAUGGGCACCUUGUACUGGCAGCUCAACGAUAUCUGGCAGGCCCCUUCCUGGGCCUCCAUCGAGUACGGAGGUAAAUGGAAGAUGCUUCAUUACUUUGCACGUAACUUCUUUGCUCCAGUUUUGCCAGUUGCUUUUGAAGACGAUGGGUCACUGAUCAUCUACGGAAUUUCCGAUCUGUCCAUGGACCUUCAACUUGUUCUUCAGGUGCGGGUUUACCAGUGGAGCAGUCUGGAGCCAGUGUGUGCUCACACUACUGAACCCUUCACGCUGAAGGGCAGCAGUGCAGCUCCUGUGUACAAGGCUGUGACUGCCACCCUGCUGCAGCGCUGCAGUUGUAGCCGCGAUCGUUGCGUGAUCGCAUUCCAUCUCGAGGACCAGGGGCAGCAGCGGGGACCGGUGAACUACCACCUGCUCACUUCCCUAAAGGAUGCUCACACUCUGAGAGCACCACACAUUAACGCCAGUGUGAGUGAGCAUGGCGGUGUGUACAGCGUCUCCCUGCACUCCUCCAGCAUCGCCCCUUACGUCUGGCUGGAUGUGGGCAACAUACCUGGACGCUUCAGUGACAACGCCUUCCUCAUGCUGCAACAUAACAAGGUGCUGACCUUCAUCCCUCGUCGACCCACCUCCACCUCACUGCUCCAGGCAGCUCUCACCAUACGCACCCUGCACGGCCCCACACUGACCACACACUAACCACACACUGACCACCCCCCCCACACAACCCCCCACACACACAUCACCCCCACACACACUCCCCCACGCACACUGACCAGGACAUUCGCUGACGGUUGGUGAACGACCCAUCAUGGCUCCAGGAUCAAGGGUGCUCCUGAUGGUUGUAGUCGUGUGGACAAUGCCGGUCUUCACGCCAGAUGGAGAUGACAGCCCAUUAAUCUGCCCAUCUGCCCGUUUCACCAGAGAGACGAGUGCAUGUGACACCAACGCGGGAUCAGAAAAUCAACGCAGAAACUUAUAAACUCAGGAUCUCUUUAUAAAUUGAAUACAUUUGGAUUUGACUUUGCCAGGAUGACAGACUCCCUCUCCUCUGAGUAAACGUGAUAUGAUGACAUUCCUCUCCCAGCGCUGUUUCUCUGGUGCGUGUUUUGUGCUGAGCUAUGUCCUGUCUGUUGCUGAAUUGCUGCUCACGUCACCAGCCCCUGCUUCUGGUUAGGGCGUUUGCUCACACCAGUCCUUGUGCCUGACCUCUGGGUCACCUAACACACUUCCCACAUCACCCAUCUCCGCACCUCCUCUUCUUCUUGCGUAUGGCGUGCACAGCCUAAAGUUGUACGACAACUUGUUCUAUUUGAUCUUAUUUGAUUGUGCACGCCGGGUUGAUUGCAUUCGUCGAAACAGGGCGGACCACGUGAAGGUUGCAAUCUCCCGCACCUCCUCACCUUUCAAAUCAAACUCAUUGUUGAAAUGGAAAUUGAAAAAUACUGGGGAACAAUUUGUUUUUGUAUAUCAACACUUGUCCUGCAAAUCUAUGUUUAUCUCCAGAAUGCACUGAUUAAAUGUAUACAUAUGAAGCAUCACAGUGUGAAAAAGACCGUUGAUUAAAAUGGAAGGAAUGAACCGAGACGAGGAUUUGAGUGAUUAUAAUAACGUGGUACUUGCUUGUCUUUCUGGAGCAGGUGCUGGUUUCAAAGGACUAAAUGAUCGUCAUCUACAGUGCCCUCCAUGAUGUUCGGGACAAAGACCCAUCAUUUAUUUAUUUGCCUCUGUACUCCACAAUUUGAGAUUUGAGAAUAACAUAACAUGUUUAAAAAAAAAAAGGUAUUUAAAAUGAUGAGAGGGAUAGACAGAGUUGACGUGGAUAAGCUUUUCCCACUGAGAGUAGGGAAGAUUCAAAAAAGAGGACAUGACUUGAGAAUUAAGGGACAGAAGUUUAGGGGUAACAUGAGGGGGAACUUCUUUACUCAGAGAGUGGUAGCUGUGUCGAAUGAGCUUCCAGUGAAGGUGGUGGAGACAGGUUCGAUUUUAUCAUUUAAAAAUAAAUUGAACAGUUAUAUGGACGGGAAAGUAAUGGAGGGUUAUGGUCUGUGCAGGUAGAUGGGACUAGGGGAGAAUACGUGUUCGGCACGGACUAGAAGGGCCGAGAUGGCCUGUUUCCGUGCUGUAAUUGUUAUAUGGUUAUAUGUGGUUAAAGUGCACAUUGUCAGAUUUUAAUCAAGGUCAUUUUUAUACAUAUUGGUUUCACCAUGUAGAAAUUACAGCAGUGUUUAUACAUAGUCCCCCCAUUUCAGGGCACCAUAAUGUUUGGGACACAGCAAUGUUAUGUAAAUGAAGUAGUCACCUUUAGUAUUUUGUUGCUUUUUCUUUGCAUGCAAUGAUUACUUGAAGUCUGCGAUUCAUGGACAUCACCAGUUGCUGGGUGUCUUCUCUGGUGAUGCUGGGUGUCUUCUCUGCCAGGCCUGUAUUGCAUCCAUCUUUAGCUUAUGCCUGUUUUGGGGGCUAGUCCUCUUCAGUUUUCCCAUCUAUAUAAAAGGCAUGUUCAAUUGGAUUCAAAUCGGGUGAUUGACUUGGCCACUCAAGAAUUUACAAUUUUUUAGCUUUGAAAAACUCAUUUGUUGCUUUAGCAGUAUGUUUGAGAUCAUUGUCUUGCUGUGGAAUGAACCGCUGGCCAAUGAGUUUUGAGGCAUUUGUUUGAACUUGAGCAGAUAGGAUGUGUCUCUCCACUUUAGAAUUCAUUAUGCUAUUACCAUCACCAGUUGUAUCAUCAAUGAAAAUAAGUGAGCCAGUACCUUCAGCAGCCAUACAUGCCCGGGCCAUAACACCUCAACCACCGUGUUUCACUGAUGACGUGGUAUGCUUUGGAUCUUGGGCAGUUCCUUCUAUCCUCCACACUUUGCUCUUGCCAACACUCUGAUAUACAUUAAUCUUCAUCUCAUCUGUCCACAAGACCUUUUUCCAGAACUGUGGUUGCUCUUUUAAGUACUUCUUGGCAAACUGUAACCUGGCCAUCCUAUUUUUGCGGCUAACCAGUGGUUUGCAUCUUGCAGUGUAGCCUCUGUAUUUCUGUUCAUGAAGUCUUCUGCAGACAGUGGUCAUUGACAAAUACACACCUGACUCCUGAAGAGUGCUUCUGAUCUGUCGGACAUGUGGUUGGGGAUUUUUCUUUAUUGUAGAGAGAAUCCUUCUGUCAUCAGCUGUGAAGGUCUUCCUUGGCCUGCCAGUCCCUUUAUGAUUAGUAAGCUCACCAGUGCUCUCUUUCUUCUUAAUGAUGUUCCAAACAGUUGAUUUUGUAAGCCUAAGGUCUCAUAAAGACAUCUUUGACUUUCAUUGGCACAAUAAAAUCUGACAAUGUGCACUUUAACCACAUGUGAUUUUGUUUCUAUUACAAAUCUCAAAUUGUGGAGUACAGAAGCAAAUAAAUAAAUGAUGGGUCUUUGUCCCAAACAUUAUGGAGGGCACUGUAUUCCCUCCCCACCCCCUAUCCCUCCCUCUGGCUUUACAUUCAUUCCUUUUCUCUCCUUAUCUGACAACUUUUUGAAAGACACAAAGUGCUGGAGUAACUCAGCGGGUCAGGCAGCAUCUCUGUCAAGUCAAGACUGAAGAAGGGUCCUGACCUGAAACGUCACCUAUCCAUGUUCUCCAGAGAUGCUGCCUGACCCAGUGGGUUACUCCAGCACUGUGUCCUUUUUUUGUAAACCAGCAUCUACAGUUCCUUGCCUGUCACCCAUUUGUCUCCUUUUCACCUCCUUAAUCACUUACACCACCCAUCUGCCAAUUACCCCCCUCACCUGUAUGCACCUAUCACUCGUCAGGCUUUGUCCUGCCCCCACCUCAUUUUUCCAGCUUUCAUCCCUCCUACUCCACCAGUCUCCAUCAGAAGGGUCCUGACCCAAAACGUCAUCUGUCCAUUCCCUCCACAGGUGCUGCCUGACCCGCUGAGUUCCUUCAGCACUUUGCUUUUCCCAAGAUUUAAUCACUUGCAAUGUCAUCAUCUGACCUGACAAUAUAUCGGCAGUCCGAUUCCAAAAAUGAGUAAAUUAAAUUGUUUGUGACAUUCCCAAUA